UCAUAUCGAGUUUUAUUUAUAUAUGUUACGUUUAUCGAGUUACAAUGAUACAUGUGACGUCAUGCAAAUUUUUUUGAAUGUGAACGGUAUAAACAUGUAUAAACCUGGGAACACACAAUGACAAAUUGACAACAGUCUGCUUUCUUCAAAUAUUUGACCUUUUAGUUAUCAAGCUCUACCAUCACAGUCAGUGAGGGCAUACGGUUGGUGGAUUCCAGGCUCUUUUUACUUGGCUCGUCUUCUCCAUCUUCGUUGGUGACUUAGUGGUGGUGCCAUUGCUUUGUGCAGCGAAGUUCAAAGUGCAAAGCGUGGAAACUGUGUGACUGUUUUCAAUUCUGCUGAAAAGACAUUUCCUCGUGAUUUUAUUUUUGUAAUAAUAGCCAUGGUAUUUUUUUCGCCUGUUCAUAAAGUAGACGUGACACGUUUCUAUGGCCUGUCUUCUCCGCAUGUUUGUACGGCUUUUUUUGGCGAAAGUUACGAAAAGAUUUAGAAUAGUCUUCGGUAUGGGUGCAAAUUACGUGAAUGCCAAACGUUGCUUUAUCUUUGGACUUGGCGCAGGAGCUGGUAUUGCACUUGGUGUCUUUCUCGCGAGAAAACUUGACGAGCAAUCAAGAAACCAUGAACUUGUCCGUACUAUUAAUCGAAUGAGGAAUGAAAUAAAAGAACUACGACUUAUAAUUGUCCAACACUUUCAAACGACAGCGUCCGAUUUUUCAAAUGAGCGCUUAUUAACCAAAACUACAGAAAGGAACACAAAUCUGGACCUUAUGGUGAACAAGAAUGAUAUCAAAGAAAUGCCACCACAAGUAAAAGAUAGCAGUUCGGAAGAUGAUUUCUUUGACUUUGAUGAUGAAGACAUAGCGAUUGACUCAAAUGAAUUAAAUAACAGUCUUCAAGAGAACUUCAUCUUAAAUUUGGAUGAAAUUUUGAAAAAAUGUGAUGAUUUAUCUGGAAAUAAGAACAUCAAAGAUAAUGAAACAGAAAUAAAUAUGUUAGAAGAUCUGUUAUCCAAAGAUCCAGAUAAUGUGGAAGUCUUGUUUAGAUGUGCAAGGGCAUACAAAUGCAAAUCAGAUCUUGUAGUUAAUGCUCAUGAAACAAAAGAAGCUUGUUUUGAAGGCUUGAGACUUGCUGAACGUGCCAUUGAUGUAGCAGAAGAUCAUUACUUAGCAAGGAAAUGGUAUGGAAUCCUGCUUGGAAUGUCAUGUCAACUUAGGCCAUUAAACGAACAAAUUACCUACGCUUAUAAAUUUCAGGAAGCCAUUUCAAAAUCAAUAGAGUUAAACCCAAAAGAUUCAAUCAAUUAUUACCUCCUUGGAAGAUGGUGUUAUGGGAUCGCCAAUCUCUCAUGGUGGGAACGUAGAGCGGCAGCCACUUUUUUUGGCGAACCUCCAACGUCGUCCUACGAGGAAGCUAUAAAACACUUUCAAAAAGCGGAAGAACUGGGCGACGGAACUUCUUCUAAGGGCAUAACAUUAUUUAUGGCCAAGUGUCACCAUAAUCUUGGUAAUCCUCAAAAGGCUAAGGAAUUGUUAAAGAAAUCUCUGGAUCUUUCCGUCAAUAAUAAAGAUGACCAAACUGCUCACGAUGAAGCUAAUAUUUUACUGACCAAACUUAACUGAGGCUCUUUUGUCGAAAAGAUCUUUCCUGACGCGCCAACUUUAUCGGAUUGACUUGCAUUAACGUCAGGUACAAUUUAUUUAAAAUUUUGUCUCUGUGAUCUUUCGGGGAAAUGGAGAAAGGAUGUCGUUAUUCGUCUUUUAUAACGAAAUCUCUGUUUGAUCCGUGGUCUGGCGGUUUUCAUUGUUAUUUUAAUAAAUAGGAUCUACAUUUUUAAUUCUUGCAAUGAGAUCCGUUUGCGUUUUCCUGGCUGAUACCUCUUAACUUCUCCGGACUUGAAGACGUGAAAGUUGAAAUCAAGCGAGGAUAAUAUGCUAUUUGAACAAUAUAUACUAGCUACCGAAUGGUCGGUAAAUUUUUUAUCUAAGUUUUAAGUUGAAUUAUUUGGUAUCUACAAUCCAUAAUUCAAAAACGAAAUUUGGAAUUUAGGGCACCAGUUAAGCUCUUGAAAAUUGAUAUUUGUGAAUGGGUAUGUUAUAAAAAAUUACUCAUAAUGUUGCAAGAAGGAACAAAUAAUUAGCUACCAUGGGUCGAACCACUUAAAUUAUAAACUACUCUAACCCAAUGAUGAAGACGUACAUCGAUAAUCAAUGUAAAUUAAUGUCAUGACGAUUUUAUUGUAUAAUCUAUUCCUAUUGCAUGAUUUUACAAUAAUAUUUACAUAGAAA